GUGGGGAUUGGGGGCUGAGUCCCAAAUAUCCUGGUAGGUCCCAGUGUGCCUCCCCCUCCUCUGGCAGGCAUGGCCUGUCCCUUCUGGGAGAGCUGGGCCUCUUCCUUCAGCGUCCCUGCUCCUGCUUUUGUCACGGCCGUCUUGGCCUCCUGCCCCCUGCGCUGUCUGGCUCACCUGUCCUCAUCUUUUUUGUUCCUGUUCCCUCCUUCCUUUAUCCAUCCACCCAUCUCUCCAACCAGCUGACAUUUACUGAAUCCUACUAAGCGCCACAGCCUGUGCUGCAUGCAGGGACCCACGAUGCGUGUAUCAGCAGUGCCUCCGGGGCCAGCUGUUGGCACAGCGCGGGAGACAGGCGCAGGCGUGGGAAAUGACAGGACAGGUUGACAAGUGGUCCACUGGGGUGCCCUGCGGGGCAUGGAGGAAAUGAGGAUGGAUUUGGGGGAUGAAAGAUCAGGGAAGGAGGAGGCACAGGUCACCAGGCAGAGCAGAGUGGGUGCUCUGGGAAGAGGAGCGAGCGGGUGUGCAGAGCCCCGGAUGUGGGAAAGUACGAGAUGUUCCAGAGAUGCUCUUAGUCAGCACUGACUGAGUAUUUAUUGUGUGCCAGGUGCUGCCCUAUGAGCCUACAGUUCCUCACUUCAUCCUUAUCCUCACCACACAAGGCGCACAGAACUCUCACAUUCCCACGCAGCAGAUGAGGGAAUAGGCACAGAGAGGUUGUGUCAGGGCUGAGGACACACAGGCCUGGAAGGGAUAGAGGAGGCCUCAGGUGGCGGAAGUGGGGGCGGGCAUGAUAGGCCAGGGUCCGGUCAGUACAGGCUCUGUCAGCCUUGCUGGGCAUUUGCCUUUGGUCUUAAGGACACUGCAUAAACCCCAUUAGAGGGUUUUACACAGAAGCGUCCCAUGGUCAGAUUUGAUCAAUUGAUCAUUCAUGCGACAAGUUUUAUUAAGCAUCUACUAUGUGCUAGGAACUGUCCUAAAGCCUUGGGACACAGCUGUGAAUACAAGUCCUGCCCCUGUUCCCCUGAACCCCCCUUCAGGUGCCUACCCUUGCUCCUGGUCCCCACCAGGCUCCAGUCCAUUCCUCUGGAGAAUGUCUAGGUCAGGGCCCCUGAUGUGUUCCCAGGCAUUGGUGGGACAGGGUCAAGUAAGACCGGCCCCUGCUGCCCAUCUCACAUCUUUAGAGGUGACAGAUAAGGAGACAAGGAAUCCCAGUACAGUGGGCUCACAGCUGAUGGAAUUCUGGGGUGCCAGUUCUCUUUGGAAGGAAGGAGGCUUUGUCUGCUGCCUGCCCUCGGCACAUGGCCUGAUGCAGCAGAAGGAACACAGGCCUCAAGCCAGGCAGGACUUUGAGAGCCUGUGUCAUCCUAGAAAAUUCUGUAGUUUAAUCUCCCUGUGCCUCAGUUUCCUCAUCCAUACAGUGGGGUGGCUGUCUGUCUUGUAGGGCUGUGGUGAGGAUGUCCGAGGUAGUACGAGGAGAGAGAGAGCCCCAUGUAGCAGACGUUAUUCUUGGUGGGCGGUCAGUCCCUAAGUGGAGGCGUUUGGUGCCAGGACGGCCUCAUGCUGGCCUGCUCAGACCCUGGCUCUGCGGCUUUCUGGCUGUGUCGCCUUGCACUUUUUCCCCUCUUGGGGCAGCAGACCAUAAAUGGGUUUUCAUCUGUAAAAUGUGUUGAGCCCCACCCGUGCACUUGGUGCGGUGCUAAGCCAGGGUGGGUGUGCACAGGCCUGGCACAGGCUGGGUGCUCAGUGAAUGUCCAUGUUCCCUCUGCAUUUUGGGGAGCACUGACCCCUGAUGAUGGAGGGAGCAGGCCAAGUGGCCAUUCUAAACUCAUUGAGAUGGUCCGAAGACAGGAUAACGUGGCCAGGCCAGCUGGCUGGGAACUCUUCCUGGGUCACCCUCCCAACCCCAGGCUGGCUAGGGCCCUCCUCAGCCCUCCCCACCCCGCCCACAAGCCCAGCGCCUUCCUGAAGUGACCCUCCCCGCAGAGGCGAUAUUAAUAGCUGUGGCAGGGCUCGAAUCACAGGCCAAGAAUGUUACCCAGCAGCUCGUGGGGGAAGAGGAAGCUGCGAGGCCGGCUGGGGUGGGUGCGGAGUGAUGCCCGGGGCGUGAUGUGGGCCCGGCAGGAGGGCCUGCACCACCCCCACCCCCACGCCGUCAUCCGCUGUCCCUCCUCCUCCUCCUCCUCUGUCUCCUGCUCAGGUGACUCGGAGGAGGAGGACAUGGGGCUCCUGGAGGUCAGCGUUUCGGACAUCAAGCCCCCGGCCCCAGAGCUGGGCCCCAUGCCAGAGGGCCUGAGCCCUCAGCAGGUGGUCCGGAGGCAUAUCCUGGGCUCCAUCGUGCAGAGCGAAGGCAGCUACGUGGAGUCUCUGAAGCGGAUACUCCAGGACUACCGCAACCCCCUGAUGGAGAUGGAGCCCAAGGCGCUGAGUGCCCGCAAGUGCCAGGUGGUGUUCUUCCGCGUGAAGGAGAUCCUGCACUGCCACUCCAUGUUCCAGAUCGCCCUGUCCUCCCGCGUGGCUGAGUGGGAUUCCACCGAGAAGAUCGGGGACCUCUUUGUGGCCUCGUUUUCCAAGUCCAUGGUGCUAGAUGUGUACAGUGACUACGUGAACAACUUCACCAGUGCCAUGUCCAUCAUCAAGAAGGCCUGCCUCACCAAGCCUGCCUUCCUCGAGUUCCUCAAGCGACGGCAGGUGUGCAGCCCAGACCGUGUCACCCUCUACGGGCUGAUGGUCAAGCCCAUCCAGAGGUUCCCACAGUUCAUCCUCCUGCUUCAGGACAUGCUGAAGAACACCCCCAGGGGCCAUCCGGACAGGCUGUCGCUGCAGCUGGCCCUCACAGAGCUGGAGACGCUGGCUGAGAAGCUGAACGAGCAGAAGCGGCUGGCUGAUCAGGUGGCUGAGAUCCAGCAGCUGACCAAGAGCGUCAGUGACCGCAGCAGCCUCAACAAGCUGUUGACCUCAGGCCAGCGGCAGCUGCUCCUGUGUGAGACGUUGACGGAGACCGUGUACGGUGACCGCGGGCAGCUAAUUAAGUCCAAGGAGCGUCGGGUCUUCCUGCUCAACGACAUGCUUGUCUGCGCCAACAUCAACUUCAAGGGCCAGCUGGAGAUCAGCAGCCUGGUGCCCCUGGGGCCCAAGUACGUGGUGAAGUGGAACACGGCGCUGCCCCAGGUGCAGGUGGUGGAGGUGGGCCAGGACGGUGGCACCUAUGACAAGGACAAUGUGCUCAUCCAGCACUCAGGCGCCAAGAAGGCCUCCGCCUCAGGGCAGGCUCAGAAUAAGGUGUACCUCGGCCCCCCACGCCUCUUCCAGGAGCUGCAGGACCUGCAGAAGGACCUGGCCGUGGUGGAGCAGAUCACGCUUCUCAUCAGCACACUGCACGGCACCUACCAGAACCUGAACAUGACUGUGGCUCAAGACUGGUGCCUGGCCCUGCAGAGGCUGAUGCGGGUGAAGGAGGAAGAGAUCCACUCGGCCAACAAGUGCCGUCUCAGGCUCCUGCUUCCUGGGAAACCUGACAAGUCCGGCCGCCCCAUCAGCUUCAUGGUGGUUUUCAUCACCCCCAACCCCCUGAGCAAGAUUUCCUGGGUCAACAGGUUACAUUUGGCCAAAAUCGGACUCCGGGAGGAGAACCAGCCAGGCUGGCUAUGCCCGGAUGAGGACAAGAAGAGCAAAGCCCCGUUCUGGUGCCCGAUCCUGGCCUGCUGCAUCCCUGCCUUCUCCUCCCGGGCACUCAGCCUGCAGCUUGGGGCCCUGGUCCACAGUCCUGUCAACUGUCCCCUGCUGGGUUUCUCAGCCGUCAGCACCUCCCUUCCACAGGGCUACCUCUGGGUCGGGGGCGGACAGGAAGGCGCAGGGGGCCAGGUGGAAAUCUUUUCCUUGAACCGGCCCUCGCCCCGCACCGUCAAGUCCUUCCCACUGGCAGCCCCUGUGCUCUGCAUGGAGUAUAUCCCGGAGCUGGAGGAGGAGGCGGAGAGCAGAGACGAGAGCCCAACAGCUGCUGACCCCUCGGCCACAGUGCAUCCAACCAUCUGCCUCGGGCUCCAGGAUGGCAGCAUCCUCCUCUACAGCAGUGUGGACACUGGCACCCAGUGCCUGGCGAGCUGCAGGAGCCCAGGUCUGCAGCCUGUGCUCUGCCUGCGACACAGCCCCUUCCACCUGCUCGCUGGCCUGCAGGAUGGGACCCUUGCUGCUUACCCUCGGACCAGCGGAGGUGUCCUGUGGGACCUGGAGAGCCCUCCUGUGUGCCUGACUGUGGGGCCCGGGCCUGUCCGCACCCUGUUGAGCCUGGAGGAUGCCGUGUGGGCCAGCUGUGGGCCCCGGGUCACUGUCCUGGAAGCCACCACCCUGCAGCCUCAGCAAAGCUUCGAGGCGCACCAGGACGAGGCGGUGAGCGUGACGCACAUGGUGAAGGCGGGCAGCGGCGUCUGGAUGGCCUUCUCCUCCGGCACCUCCAUCCGCCUCUUCCACACCGAGACCCUGGAGCAUCUGCAAGAGAUCAACAUCGCCACCAGGACCACCUUCCUCCUGCCAGGCCAGAAGCACUUGUGUGUCACCAGCCUCCUGAUCUGCCAGGGUCUGCUCUGGGUGGGCACUGACCAGGGUGUCAUCGUCCUGCUGCCCGUGCCUCGGCUGGAAGGCAUCCCCAAGAUCACAGGGAAAGGCAUGGUCUCACUCAAUGGGCACUGUGGGCCUGUGGCCUUCCUGGCUGUGGCUACCAGCAUCCUGGCCCCUGACAUCCUGCGGAGUGACCAGGAGGAGGCUGAGGGGCCCCGGGCUGAGGAGGACAAGCCAGACGGGCAGGCACACGAGCCCAUGCCCGACAGCCACGUGGGCCGAGAGCUGACCCGCAAGAAGGGCAUCCUCUUGCAGUACCGCCUGCGCUCCACCGCACACCUCCCGGGCCCGCUGCUCUCCAUGCGGGAGCCAGCGCCUGCUGAUGGCGCAGCUCUGGAGCACAGCGAGGAGGACGGCUCCAUUUACGAGAUGGCCGACGACCCCGACGUCUGGGUGCGCAGCCGGCCCUGCGCCCGCGACGCCCACCGCAAGGAGAUUUGCUCUGUGGCCAUCAUCUCCGGCGGGCAGGGCUACCGCAACUUUGGCAGCGCUCUGGGCAGCAGUGGGAGGCAGGCCCCGUGUGGGGAGACGGACAGCACCCUCCUCAUCUGGCAGGUGCCCUUGAUGCUAUAGCGCCUCCCCUCUCCCCUCAGAGGGCACAGCUGCAGGCCUGACCAAGGCCACGCCCGGCUCUCGUGCUCUAGGACCUGCACGGGACGUGUGGAUGGGCCUGGACUCUCCAGAAACUACUUGGGCAGAGCAAAGGAAAACCUCUUGUUUUAAAAAAAUUUUUUUCAGAGUGUUUUGGGGAGGAGUUUUAGGGCUUGGGGAGAGGCAGGACACAUCUGGAGGAAAUGGCCUUCUUUUUAAAAGCAAAAAACACAAAACCUCACAACUGCCUGGCAAGCCCAGUAUCACUUGUUUGGGCCCUAGCGGGACUCCAAGGCAGCCACACGCCCCUCCUGGAAGGGUGUGUGGGUGUGAGUGUGUGCGAGUGUGUGGGCUGGUGUGUGAAUAUCUAUAAAUACGUAUAUAUGGUGUAUAUUAUAUGUGUAUAAAUAAAGUCUGUACAUAUUGGAGCUCUGGGAGAUGCUGGAAUAAAAGACAAGAGUUACAUCUGGA